AUGCUGAAUAACGCCGGGGACCAGAGUUAUGGUAUUGUUAUUGACUCGGGGUCCUCAGGAUCUAGAAUACAAAUAUAUAAUUGGGUGAAUCCAAAAUCGCUAGCGAGGUCUGAUGAUCCAGGCGUUCUACAAUCACCACCAAAAAUAUCAAUACAUAAGGACUGGACGAAAAAGAUAACUCCUGGGAUAUCCACGUUCAAGUCUCGUAGCCAGCUUAAGCAGGUAUGGUCGAAGCAUUAUUCGGAAUUGUUGAAAUUUGCAGAAACCAUAAUUCCUAGUGAAAAACACAACGAAACGCCGGUAUUCGUUUUGAGUACAGCGGGGAUGAGAUUGGUUCCUAAAAAAACUAGAGAUGGCAUUUUAGCCGAAACGUGUUCGAGUAUAAGGAAAAAUACAAAGUUUUAUUUGCCCGAUUGUGAAGCCUUCGUCCAAACCAUAGACGGAUCUACAGAAGGAAUCUACGGUUGGUUGGGAUUGAAUUACUUGAUGGGCCAGUUUAACAAUUAUGACUCCAGGCUUGAUAGGCAUGAGUCUAUUGGGUUUAUGGAUAUGGGUGGAGCUUCAACUCAGAUUGCGUUUGUUCCGUCUUCUGUCGAGCAGAUUGAGAAACACAACAACGAUCUUUCCAAAGUAAUCUUACGGAAUGUCAACGGUGAGAAUCAGAAAUGGAAUGUUUUUGUAGAGACCUGGUUAGGCUUUGGCGCUAACGAAGCACGCAGAAGGUUCCUAGAGCAAAUGAUAAACUUGUCAUUAGUCAAUGAGAUAUCAAACAACAAUAUCAAUGAUCCUUGUUUGCCAAAAGGCGCAGCAAUGGACUAUGCUAUGGAUGGAAAGCUGUACAAGAUCAAUGGAGCGGGAAAUUAUGAAACGUGUAUUAAAUCAAUCUAUCCCUUGUUGAUGAAAUCUAUUCCAUGCGAGGACGAACCUUGUUUAUUCAAUGGGAUUCAUGGUCCCAAGAUGGACUUUGAAAAGGACAAGUUUGUGGGGAUUUCAGAGUACUGGUAUACUGCAAAUGAUAUUUUCCACAGUGGUGGCGAGUACGACUACAAGGCAUUCAAUAUAAAGGUCAAGGAAUUCUGCGAAAACGAUUGGGACACUAUAUUGAAGAAUGCCGAAACAGGGGACUAUUCAAAUCUUGAUCCUGACAAGUUUUUGAAAGAUGCAUGCUUUAAAGCGAGCUGGGUGAUGAAUAUUCUUCAUGAAGGAUUUGAACUACCAAGAAUCGGGUUCGAGACAGAUUCAGAGCUGCAGGAGAGUAAUCAAUCACAAGAUGUAACCAAUAAACACGUACCUUUCAAAUCGGCUGAUUCUGUUGGUGGAGAAGAAUUAUCUUGGACCUUGGGUAAAAUUUUGUUGUUUGCUUCGUCCCAAAUCGAACCACGAGACCCAAAAGAGAAAUUGGCGAUUGGAAUAUACCCCAGUGAAAUAUCGGGCAAAAAUUUUGUUCCCGGCGGCGUUUCUGAUAAGUCCUACUUGUCUGAUCAUGACAGUGACGAUGAGCAUGACUCUCCAUUAGGUACCGCGCUCUACUCGCUCACUGUUCUCUGCUUCUUUGUGUUCUUGUUGUACAAAUUUGUUCCUGGGCAUUUUGGGAACUGGAAGGGCAAAAUCAGGCGAAUGAGAGUUCCUGUGUCGUUAAGAAGAGGGAUGGUAGGGUUGGCUUCGAAGGUACCUGGCUUGGACAGUCUUGUCAGUAACUAUCUAUUCUACGAUCAUAUUGACCAGAACAUUGAUUUAGAGGAAGGCGUUGGUGCUUUAAACAAUGGGACAUCACCGUCUCUUGAAUCGGUGAAACCCAGCUCUGGUGCAUCUGUCUUGCGCACCAGACUGGCGAUUGAAUUGGAUGCCGAAUUUGACGAAUCACGACCUUCACGUUUCAACUCUACAAGCCCACUGCCCGGUAACAACAACAACAACAACAACAACAACAACAACUACAACUACAAUACCCAAAUCAGUGAUUUUUUGAACCGUCCAUUUGUUGUACCAAAUCGAGGGUCUUUUUACCAGUCAUCGGCACGGAGCAGUAGAGAGUCGCUAUCCAGGAGCAUGAGCAAUUUGUCCUCUCAUAAAUCGAAAACAUCCAUGGAAUGA